UUUCACAUUGUGGGCAUGGAAUCCCCAAGGCUGCCCCUUGAGCGUCACUGCGCAUGCGUAACAGGAAACUCCAUGAUCUUCUGGCAUAGGAGUCCAGGGAAGGAAAACAGCCACUGAAAAGAGAGAGACAGGGGAAGCUGGGAAAUCUAGCAGCAAGCACAGGCCUGCGCCAGCCAACUCUAUAACCUGUCCCCUUUCUUUCUUCAAAAGGGACCUCCAGGGGGUAAACAGGUUCCCAGGACAUUGCAAUCAUUUUUCAGGCACCCAAAUACUUAGCCACCAGUAAAAUAAAUAAUAACAACACUGCCUGCUCUGGAGAGAACUAAGGAGGGGCUGCUGCAAGAUCAACAACAUCUAGCAAAACAACAACAAAAACAAUGAGGGGGGAGCAAUAAGAAGGAGCAGGUUUUUUAUUGCUCUUUGUUGUUUCACUUAUUUUCCCCACUGCUACAGAGAGGCCUCCGAGGAAGGGAUCUGCUGGAGGUGAGGAGGGGAUCCAGUGUCAGUGCUGCUUGUCAACGUUUCUGUGCUUCCCAGGAAAAACAAAGUUGAUCUGGUGGAGACGUCAUGGAUCCUUAGCAACCCUGGUUGGCUGCGAUCUCCCAGCUCCAAGGGAGCCCUAAAGGAGCAAGCGACUGAUACCCAAUCUUUGCUUCUUCCCUGCACGGGAACCUGACACGCUGUGACGCGCCAUGCUGGGCAACAAGGAUCUCAUGCAGACCUAACGCCCAUAUUGUGCCGCAAUGAGCAGGUACAAGAGAGAAGAGAGAACAAAAUGAAUGGUGGUAGUGAAAGUGGAGGAGGUGAUAACUAUGGAGGGACCCCAACGGUCCAAGUGCCCAUUGGAUGGCAGAGAAGAGUGGAGCCAGGUACCGUGGCGUACAUCAGUCCUAGUGGUACUAUUCUUACUUCUAUGGAUCACCUAAGGAGUUACCUAGUCACCGAUGGAACCUGUAAGUGUGGGUUAGAGUGUCCGCUGAACAUCUACAAGGUUUUUAACUUUGACCCCAGAGCAGUGGUGAAGAGGCGUAGCGCAGAGGACGUGAAGGCAGAAGAGGAUAUGACCAAACUCUGCAACCAUAGACGGAAAAUUGUGGCCCUCGCUACUUUGUACAAGAGCAUCGAGAAUACUCCCCUUGCACUACAAAGCCAAGCUGCUGGAUGUGGCCCCGGUCAAAAUUUUCACGGGACAUCCACCAGCCCAAAGAUGGGACAGCACCCCUGUUCGCUGGAUCCUGACAUUUUUACCAAACUAAUGAUGGAAAAAGCCCACGGCACGCCUACUCACCACUUAGUCGAGAAACCCCUUGAUCAGAAACAGGAUCCCUUCACUUCCAAUCUGGGAGAAAGGUACUCUGGCAUCAGAUCCAGCCAGCGGCAGCCUGUACAUAGGCAGCAUGGGGCACCUCUUGGUGAAUCCUAUGCCUUAAGGAACUGUCCUCCAGCACCAUCUAAUGGUAGCUAUGAGGUGUUUUCCAGGACUCCACAAGCCAUAUCCCAUGAGCUGUGCUCUAAUUCUUUUAACUCUUCCCAGAAUCGGCCUUCCUACCCCUCAUGCAGUCAAGAACUUUCAGGCCUGUCCCCAAAAUCACUUUCAGUUAGCUCUUGUAGUUAUGUGGCUGGUGGCAGCUACACUCAGACGCUGGAAGAACCUUCUCAGGCCCCCAGACGUCCUUUUGCCUUCCCUGAGAAGGAUCCACUGGGCAUUUUGGACUCCAGCAGUUGCAGGCUUCCCAGUCCAAAACACCAUGUGUUGAACUCUCCCCCUCCACUCCAUUCUCAGGUUUCGAUCAUAAAUACACAUUCUGUUCCUGAACACAAUUCUGUUAAUCGAUCCUCGCCUGCCAUGCCAGUGAAUUAUUCUCCCUUUGCUCGCAGUGGGGCACUGACUUCUCCUUCUACCACUAGGUCCUCAGUCUCUACGAUCUCUUCCCCAGCUGGCAGUAUGGAACCGUCCCCUCAACGCUCACGCCACUCCUCUGCCUCUUCUGAGCACUUCCCUGUUCCCCCGAGGGCGAGUUCUAGAUCUCCCCGGCCUGCUGGCUCUCCUAAACGUUCUGUGCCCCAUAGUCCAAAAGCAAUACUUGAAGGCCUCCCUCCGAUUGGGCAGGCCCAACUGGGAUCCUCUUCAAAUGCCAGCCAUGCCUUAUCCCACCAAAGCAAUAAAACAGCACCACCUGUGUCUUUGGGAGCUGUGCAAGGCUUACUGGGCUUUCCUCUCGGGUGUAUUCUGGGCCAGCAAAGCAACGCCUCGUUCCCUGCUAGCAGUCUCCUUACAGCAGCAGCCAAGGCUCAAAUGGCAAGUCAAACCAAACCAGAAGCCCCAGCCCCUAGCACUUUACCGAGCCGUUUGCUAAAUCCCAAUACCUUGCUUUCUGCAGCUGGCACACAAGAUGGCCGGGGGCUGCACAACAGGACUCAUUCACAUAGAAGGGAUGCAAUGGUGAAACGUAAAAGACAGAAGAGUUCCCCGGGUCCUGAUGUUGGUACACAAGAUUCUAGUGGAUUGCUUCUGACACCUAAUAGCCCUAGUGGUCACUCCAAAUUAAAUCCUGGUGUAUCCAAACUGUUGGGGGUUGGGGGGCAACUUGAGGAAGACCUGGCAAGAUCCAAAGUCCUUCAUUCAAAUUCAUUUUCUGGUCAGACUGUCUCUUCACUUCAGAUGCCUCGCUUAUCAGUAGAGGAGUCCCCAAGCCAAAGCAAAAAUCCCUGCCUUUCUCCGGCACCCCAGGACUUUAGCAGUAACAUCCUCGGUCUUGUAGAGCAACUUGUUCAGACAGCCACAGAGCAGAACUCAGGGACUCCAUUACCACUGAAAUUACCAUCAACCCCUACUGGGGCCAACUCAUCUUUUUCCACUGCACGGCUCAACCAGUCUCCGGUCGCAAAAGCUUCUCCUGCUCCCAGUCUGUUGCCAAGUUGCAUCACAGAAGGAAACAACGAAUUGCCAUGUCCCCUACCGUCAGCUGGGGAUGGCUUCUCCUUCCUGGGCCAGGAUCAAGUUCUGCCCUUUGCUACUAACCCUGGCCUGCUGAACUUAGCAAUGAUGGGGUCUUUGCCACUCUCCCUUGGUCUGAAUCAGCACCAACAGCUUCUAAACCAAGGCUUGCUCAAUUUACUUUCCUCAUCGUUAUUGGGUGGUACAGAUCUUGGUCUCAUGGGACUGCAGAACCCACCCCUGGCACUUCCAUCUGCUGUGGGUGAUCCAGAAAAUGGUGUUUUGCAGGCAUUGCUGAUGGCUUCUCUUCUGCAAAAUCCUCUUCUACCACUCGGUGGUCUGGGGCUACCACAACUAGAUAUUUCCCAACAAAACCAACAACAAAGCACGCUACUAUCUUCUCUUGCACCAUUGUUGGACUCCCUACCCACCGCACAAACUGACACACCUGAGAAACAUGAGGCACAGAUUACCCUUCCUGAAAACUUUCCGGACAACACUCUCCAGCCACUGCUUUUCCCGCCUGUCUCUGCCUCACCAGCUCUGAUUGCCCUAAAUUCAGCACUUCUGGCUGCCAGUCUUGGGGCUGUGGACUCCUCCGCCUGCCAGGGACAGAGUGGCAUCAAUACCUCUUGUGCUGGGUCUAUGUCCGUUACAACAACCACUAACUCACCUGCCUUAUCAGAGGGGAAACUCCCUCCGUCCGAACCACACAACCCCUUUCACCUCCUGCAGUCUGGCAGACUUAACACGUUGGUGCCGCCUCUGCUCAGCCCACUGCUAACCGCUGGUUUAUUAGGUGAUCUCUCGGCACUGAAUGCAAAUGCUGGUGGGCCUUUGGGAAGCCUCCAAACUCUGCUGGGUGCUCAGGCUCUGCUUCCAAACCAGCAGACUUUUCUUCCUUCCCUCCCGGGUGCUCUGGGGAUGCAGCUGUUCCAGGGACAAACUCUUCUGCAAGGGCAGCGCAACAACACCCAGAGCCAUGCUACAUCCACAUCCGAUAAAGAAGUCAACCCGUCUUCCCAUCCAGAAUUCCCCAUUACACCUGCACCUCAAGUCCCACCAGUCUGUCAGCAACCUUCUGACUCUGUUUUUUCUUCUCAGAGAAGUGAUGUGUGUGUGAGGACUCAGGUAGCCCCAAUUCCUCCACUGCGAACUGGAUCAUUUGUUGGCAACACCUCAAGUGCCUUUGAAACUAGUCCUAUUCCCAAAGGCCCUCCUUUCCAGGGACCAGCUCGAGCUGACCUUCCCCCCAGCACACCAUCUGAUCCCCCAAGAACAGAGACCUUGCCCCAGUCAUUUGAAUCCCCAUGCUCUGAAACAGACGCUGAUGUAUCUCCACUGAAAAGGGGCAGGAUACUGGCUGAUCCUGUUAUCCCUACUGAAGUCCCAAAUGGAGCUACCCCAAAUCUUUUGUCAUGGAUGGGCUCUCCCCAUUCAUUUAAUGCCUUAAAUAUUCCUGAUAUGGAGCUGACCAAGGGCAAAGAAAGGGGUUACAGGUUCAAUGGCCAUGCCCGGGGUGAGCGGUCUUAUGGUCGUAGGCCACGUGGGGAUAGGCUGUCCGGUUCCAGACAGUCCUAUUGGAGGUAUAAUGGUGGUGAUGCGAUGCAGAAUGAUGGAGAGGUAGCAGGGCAUAGCCAGGAACUGACACCGCCAGUGAUGGGCAUUGCUAAAGUUGCUUGGCAGGAAGAGGAAGGACAUCCCAGGGAGCAGGAGGUGGAGGUGCCACCCCAGCUGCUGAAACGCUCCCGGCGAGGAAGAAGGCGGGGCCAAAAUUCACAGAGAACGAGCACUCGGUUGGAAGCUGUUCCUGAGAAAUGGCCGACUGCUGACCCUGCCAACGGUUUAAACGCCGAUCGUCCCACCGCCAGGCACAACAGACCCGGUCGCCCUGCAAAGAACAGAAGGCGAAGGAUGAUUUAGCGAAUUUCCCUUGCGCUUCUUAUUCUCUCGGCUCUUAACCCAAUGCCUCCUCUGACUGAUCUCCACUUAUAAGGCACUUCUUUUGUCAUCCAUCAGAUGCAAGCUAUGCAGAUUUCAACUGGUUAGAGCGCUCUAACAUUUUAUUUAGAACUUCUCACUUUUUCCAUACAUGC